AUGGCGAUCGGCAUCUUGCCAGCUGUGGCUUGCCCGUCUACCGCUACCGCGCCUUCAGAUACAGUCGCAGAGAGGCUUGGCUUCGCUCAGACGUCAUUCGUGCCUUGCUGGCGCGUGCGGUGCCAUGCUUUCCUGCGGUUCUCUACGUUUAUCGUUUUUGUCGGUGCGAUUGCCGUGGUGGCGGUGGGUGCAGCCGAGCCGAGUGUCGUCGUUGACGGCACCGCGCUCGUCUUUCGACUGCCUCGCUUCCUCUACGGGCGCGGGGACGCUGCGGUUCCCCAGACUUGGACAGAUGCCAAGUGGCAGUCCAUCCUCGCCUACCUCCGCAAUGGAGGCAGGUAG